AUGAGCCAACCAUCGGUUAUACUUGCCACUGCGAGCUAUGAUCACACCAUUCGGUUUUGGGAGGCCAAGAGUGGCCGCUGCUACCGCACCAUUCAGUAUCCUGAUUCGCAAGUAAAUCGGCUGGAGAUUACCCCGGAUAAACGCUACUUGGCUGCAGCUGGUAAUCCUCACAUUCGACUGUUUGAUGUUAACUCAAAUAGUCCCCAACCGGUAAUGAGCUACGAUUCACAUACGAAUAACGUAAUGGCAGUUGGGUUUCAAUGUGAUGGUAAUUGGAUGUAUUCUGGUUCAGAGGAUGGCACAGUUAAGAUCUGGGACUUGAGGGCUCCAGGUUGUCAAAGGGAAUAUGAAAGUCGUGCAGCUGUAAACACUGUUGUGCUACACCCAAAUCAGACGGAACUAAUCUCUGGUGACCAAAAUGGCAAUAUCCGUGUGUGGGAUUUGACAGCAAAUUCAUGCAGUUGUGAAUUGGUGCCAGAGGUGGAUACAGCUGUACGCUCCUUAACCGUAAUGUGGGAUGGGAGCUUGGUAGUUGCAGCAAAUAAUCAUGGGACAUGUUAUGUGUGGCGCCUGUUGCGAGGAACUCAGACAAUGACAAACUUUGAGCCUCUUCACAAGCUACAAGCGCACAAGGGAUAUAUCCUUAAAUGUCUUUUAUCACCUGAGUUUUGUGAACCCCACAGGUACUUGGCAACUGCAUCUUCUGAUCAUACUGUCAAAAUAUGGAAUGUUGAUGGUUUUACACUAGAAAAAACUCUAAUAGGUCAUCAACGCUGGGUGUGGGACUGUGUAUUCUCUGUGGAUGGUGCAUAUCUUAUUACAGCUUCCUCCGAUACAACUGCUAGACUCUGGUCUAUGUCAACUGGUGAAGAUAUUAAAGUUUAUCAAGGACAUCAUAAAGCAACAAUUUGUUGUGCCCUACACGAUGGGGCUGAACCCGCUACAUCUUGA